GGGAGGGGGUUACGUCGUUACGUCAGUGUGCGUAACGUCAGCUCCUCUGGGAGCAGCUCGGACUGUCAAUCAACGUCCUCCUGGUUAACAGCUCCGAGGCUCAGAGAUGGCGACCCGAGUCCUUCAGAGAGUAGGCAGCGGCCUCAAACAGACGAGAAACGGGCUGCAGACGACCGGGCAGGCCACGGUUCUCGUAAGGAGCCUCUCAGGUUACCGUGAGGACAGCUGGUUCAAGUCUCUGUUCGUUAGAAAGGUCGACCCCCGAAAAGACGCUCACUCUCAUCUGCUCGCCAAGAAAGAAGACAACAAUCUGUACAAAAUACAGUUUCACAAUGUCAAGCCUGAGUGCCUUGAUGAUUACAAUGAACUUUGUGCGGGCAUCUUGCCUUCCAUUAACGCCAACCCUGAAUACCCUUGUGAGCUUGUGGGAACCUGGAACACAUGGUACGGAGAGCAAGAUCAGGCAGUUCACCUGUGGAGAUAUCGGGGAGGAUACCCGGCUCUCACCGAAGUCAUGAACAAACUCAGGCAGAAUAAGGAGUUUACGGACUACAGGAAAGAGAGGGGGAAGAUGCUGCUGUCUCGUAGGAACCAGCUGCUGCUGGAGUUCAGUUUCUGGAACGAGCCCGUCCCCCGUCCAGGACCCAACAUCUAUGAGCUCCGAUCGUACCAACUCAGGCCAGGGACAAUGAUCGAGUGGGGAAAUUACUGGGCGCGUGCGAUUGAGUUUCGCCAGCAGAACCAUGAGGCGGUUGGAGGCUUUUUCUCACAGAUUGGAAGUCUGUACACGGUUCACCACUUAUGGGCGUACAAAGACCUUCAGUCCAGAGAAGACACAAGAAAUUCCGCCUGGCAGCAUGACGGUUGGGAUGAGGUUGUUUAUUACACAGUCCCUCUUAUUCAGCACAUGGAAUCUAGAAUAAUGAUUCCCUCAAAGGGCUCGCCCUUGAAGUAACCACAAACACCGGGGGAACCUCUCAGCAGCCACUGCAACUGUCGCAGUGAUCUGUGGAGAGAGUAACCGACCAUCAGAGUGUGCACUGCCAGGGAAAUCUGCGUAACAUCAACAUGUUGUUUCAGUUUUUGUUUUCUUUUUGUUCUUUGUUUCUUUACUUCCCUUUUCUGUGUGGGCCUAGAAUGUCUUAUUUCAGAUGAUGAUGUUAAAAUGGUCGUCACCAAAACCGCAUCUGUUACAGCAGUCACUGUGUUACUGAUCAUUAAUGCGCUUUGUGUAGACAAAAUAUAAUUUGACAUGCCCCUCCUCUUCACUGUCUCUAUCUUUUCAAAGGGUCAGACUUUUAGAGCCGUGUCUUAUUUUUUUAUGAUGAUAUAAAAACAUCAGUGUUUGAGUGUUUUAAUACCAGGAAGAGAUCAAACAUUUAGCAGUUCUAGUGCUGGUCGCAGGGGCUAAAAAUGUCCAAAGGUCUUUCCGAAAAAUGACUCGUAAGCCCUGUUGCACUAGCAUUGAUAACAAAUCUAACAAAAGUAACUGCAUCCAGUAUCUCACAACAAAAACACUGCGUCCACCUGUUCACUAUCAUUAUGAAUCAGAUAAGCUUCUUUAAAUGUUACAGGUGAUGGUCAGUUUUACAAAGAGGAGAACGCUGUUUACAAAUCACUGUUCUAAAAUAGACAAUAUAGCUGAUUGUCAGAGAUAGAUACCUGUGUUAUAUUCUGUAAAAGUUCACCAGGUACACUCAUCCAGAAAAUGUGACUUAAUGUUUACAUGGUUUGGUCCAGCCAACUGAUUAUGGUGUGUACCAGUUGUUGACUGGAUGAAAGGAUUCAUAACGACACUAUUAUGAAGAUGCACAGAAAUUAAAAUUCACAAACACACCACAGAGUGUCAGUCUAGUCAGAACAGGGAGUUAGACUUUGAUCUAGAGCACAGUCGGUUUAAGUUGUGUUGCAUUCGCCAAAAGAGUAAUUUUCCCGGUUUGUGUCUCCUCUGUUAAACUGACCACAUCUCUAUAUUCUUUUCUAACUAUAACAUCAAGACACUUCUGGCUCUUCUGGAGGGGGACAAGAUGAUUCGAAUGAUUAGAAAAUGUUUGUGAUUGCUGCAGAACUAAUCAUUAUGUAUAAACUGCUGCACACUGACUGGUGUGACCUGUCCCUCAAUCAAGCAAUUAAUGCCAACCGGGUGAUUGUGUGCUCUAACUGAGAUUAAUGUUUUUUUUAAACGGUCAGAUUGUAGAUAUACAUAGUGGGUGUAUUGACCAAGCCAGGGUCAAUCCUGUAUCUGUAAAUGAAGUGGGAUAUUCUAAACGAUGUUGAUAAACAAUUGGACAGGAGAGGAGUAAUAUCUCAAUGUGGUGAAUGUGGAUUGCAGUGCUUUAAUAAGAUUAGUUGUAAAUACUGAAUUAAACUUAUGAUUAAAAAUGAAAAAAAAUA